AUGAAAUGCAGUAAAGUCCCAUGCACUUGGAUGAUCCAUGCAGUUGCUAUUGAUUCUACUUGCGAUGUUUUUAGGAUAAAAAAGUAUGUUGGGAGGCACACUUGUGGAGCUGGUGUGAAGUUGAGAAGUCCUAAAGUAUCGAAGAAGCUGUUUAACCAUGCAACUCAGACAUUUGAAAGGUUAUUCAUUGCAAUAGGCGCUUGUAUUGAAGGUUAUAGACUUUGUCGACCAAUGAUUUUUGUUGAUGCAACUUUUCUGACCGGGAGAUUUAGAGGUACCCUUAUGGAUGCUACUUGUCUGAAUGGGAAUCAAGGUUUUUAUCCGCUAGCCUUUGCAUUGGUCCCAGGAGAGGAUGUUGACAAUUGGGAUUGGUUUAUGUGCAAUCUUAGCAACAUUGUUGAUGACCGUCCUAUCACCUUUAUGUCUGAUCGUCAUGAAGGAUUGUUGAGGGCUAUUCCUAAACACUUUCCUACUUCCCAUCAUGGCUAUUGUUACUACCACUUGCAAGGAAACUUACCAAUCAGGAAAUCGGACGAGAAGUACAAAGAAGUUAUGGCUUGUUUCAAAAAAGCAACUUAUGCUCUCACACCAGCAAGAUAUGAAGAAGCACUAAUGGAAAUGGAGUUAAUGGGAAGGCCUGGGGUUGCUGAGUAUUGCCGCAAUAUGCCUAGGGAACAUUGGUCCAGCGCGUUCUUCACUGGCUGUAGAUUUGGUCAGACUACAUCAAGCGUUGCUGAGUCCUUCAAUAAUUGGAUUCGGAAAGACAAGAGGUGUUCUUUUUGUUCCAUUCAUAGGUUACGCGUUAUGGAGUUGAUGAAUGAACGUCGCGAAAUGAGUCUUUUGAUGGACCCAGAGAAGCUCACUCCUACCUACGAGGCGUUACUUAAAGAACAUAUUCAAAUUGGUCGAGUUUGGAAUGUUACUCAGUCAUCUGCGUAUGAGUAUGAGAUUCAUUCACCUAGGUUAGCUUUAUCCCAUAAAACAACUUUUACUGUCUCACACUGUUGA